UCAAAAAAUCAAUUUUCAAAAUUUCUAUCAAAGAGGGCCAAAAUCUAUGCACAAAAUACAUUUAUCUCCUACAGAUGCUAAAAGCAAAACAGGAAACAAGUGGAAUCUAAAUUUUUUUCACGUCUUUUCUGUUCCACUAAAUCGGAAGUCGGAGCUAAAAGUUUCUUGCCGAUUCUCCUGCUGUCUUUUGCAAACCAGACUAAUCGGCCAGCCAUUUGGUUUGAUCUUGAAGGUUAAGAUCCAACAACAAAUAAAGGACAGUACUCAUUUGAGAAAAUGGAAUAUGUCCACUAUGGCGUGUUAAUGAGAACAUAUUCCAUUUCAUAUAUAUUAAGUAAAGACCCUUCACCUUAACCAUUUCUGAGUCCAGUUUUAGGUUCUCUCUUUCUCAUGGAAGCGAAACAGGAAAACAGCAACGUAAUGAGUUGCACUGACAAAGAGUUGAGCAACGGAACUGAAAAUCCGGUCUUGAUAGAUACAGUAGUUUUAGAAAGUGAUAUAAGUGAAAGUGGCAGUAAUGUCGGAGAAGGUGGUGGCGGCAACUGUGCUUCUUGUUCAUCGUGUGCAUUUCGGCCACCACCUCCGUUCUUAUUGAAGAUAUACGACAUGGUGGAAAAUAGCCAAAUAAACUCCAUUAUUUCCUGGAAUUCGACUGGAACUAGCUUUAUUAUAUGGAAUGCUCAUUUGUUUGCUGCUAAUAUUCUUCCUCAAUAUUUCCGACACAACAAUUUCCAGAGCUUCGUAUGCCAACUUAACACAUAUGGCUUCAAGAAAAUCAAUUGGGACCAAUGGGAAUUCAAGAACGAGCGUUUUCAAAAGGGGAAGAUCCAUUUGCUGAAAUAUAUAAAGAGAAGAAACCAAUAUCCUCAAAGCAUGAAGAAACCUGUAAGAACAGAACAAAAAGUGGAUACAUCUUCACUUGAUACAGAGAAGGAGCUUCAAAUCUUGAUGAAUGAUCAGAAUGAACUGAAGGUGGAAAUCAUGAAGUUAAAGGAACAACAAGACGCCGUAGAGAAAGAAAUCGCCUCUAUCAAAAACGAAGCACUGAGCAAUGCGCUGAAGAAUCAGAAAAAGGUAUUGUUUAUGGUGCAGACAUUUCUACCGCAGUUAAGAGAAUUGAGCAGCGAUGGAGUUGAAAAUCCAACCUUAUUGAUUGAAAAACGAAGUACUGAUACUUUGGCCGAGCCAGUGGAUGGAAAAGUAACCCCUCUGGCAAGAACAUACGGCAAGAAUGUCAUUGAGGAAACACCAGAUACAAAGCGUACUCCGGGGCAGGAUUCUGCUGGCAUUUUGAAGUUAAAUUCUGAGCAUUUUGCUCCGCGGGAAAAACUGAUAAUGGAUGAUUUGGCAAGUAUUCGUGCAGCGGAGGAACAGACGACUGAAUUUCAGUCGAACACUCUAAUUCCAUUGGAGGAUUUGAUUGGAAGAUCAUGUGAUUGGGUUGAGUAUUUGAGAGAGCUAGACGAAAGUAACUCAUCCCAAAUCUGAAACUGGACUUUGAAACUAUCGACAUGUUUGGCAAGUUAAAUUAGACAGACAUCCGUGAAGGAAAAUAAGUCCAAAUCUUGUUUGUUGCCCGAUGCAAUUUUGUCUAAUGCGUGUCUACUAUGUACGGUAUAACUGAUUAACUUUUAUGCAAGCAAGAAAAGAAGACUCAAAGGUCGAUGUUUUUACUCAUUUCUGUAUGGAAAUAA